AUGACUUCAGCAUCUAGCAGGUCGACCGCGACGCAGAAUUCAUCUUCCGGAACCGCCAAGAUUGUACGAUGUCCAACACAGACUCUUGAACGAUUGCGGCGCCUGAACGAAGCAGAGAUCAUCACCUUGUUCACCCCCUUCGUACCUCAUCCGCCAUCGACGACACUCGCGAAAGACAUGGAUCCUUUCGAGCCUCUCGGUCGCGCUCUACCAAGACAAGUACGACACGUCCCAUACCGUCUCGACUCUGGCAUGACAGAGAUGCACGCCGAUUUCCUACCAACCAGUGGAGCAGUCAUCAUCGUCAUAUGCGCCAAGUCGAACGUCGUCAGUAAUCAUGCUCAGGCUUUUGAACGGCAAUUAAAAUUCGCACGAAGUAUCUCGAAAAAGAUACCGAAAAGCGAUACUAUACCAGGACUUCCAAUGAUCCUCAUUCUCAUCGACGAUGGCGCUAUGGGCCAGUCCUAUGUUAACGCGGCAUACGACUUUCCAGCACUUGUCACUGUCAACGACUACACGGCCGCAGCACUCGUGAAUGCGGUACACGUUCUGUUUGGCAACUGA